AUGAGCCUUUGCGAACAUUGUGUUAAGGGUGUCACUCACGAAGGAGAGCCUAAAGGAAAAACCGAAGAAAUCAACGGCGUCAGCACUUACAUCGCCACCCCAUCGACAGAGUAUCCCAAGGAAAAAGCCAUCAUCUUCAUCACUGAUAUUUUUGGUCCUCAAUUUGUUAAUAACCGACUCCUCGCAGACGACUUCGCUGCAAAUGGAUUCAAGACUGUCAUUCCUGACAUUUUCAAUGGCGACCCAGCUCCUGUCGAUGCAUUAAAACCCGGCAGCACCUGGAAUCUAAUGGAGUGGUUAAAAGUACACGGAGCAGACAGCGCUCGUCCUCCACUCGACAGGGUUAUUGACAGCUUAAAGAAGGAUGGUGUUACUGAUUUUGCAGUUGUGGGGUACUGUUUCGGGGCCCGUUUUGCUUUUGACCUUGCCUUUGAAGGGAUACCCAAAGUCGUGGCUAUCGCACACCCGUCAUUGGUCAAUGUGGACGAAGAUCUCCAAACAUACGCCACCAAAUCCACUGCUCCCUUACUUAUCAACAGCUGUACCGUUGACCCCAAAUUCCCUCUCGAAGCCCAGGUCCAGGCCGACGAGCUUUUCGGAAGUGGAAAGUUCGCUCCUGGAUACAAGCGCGAGCAUUUUGAAGGAUGUAGUCAUGGAUUCGCUGUACGAGGUGAUAUCAGUGAUCCAAAAGUCAAAGCAGGGAAGGAAGGGGCAUUCAAGGCGACUGUGGAGUGGUUCAAGAAGUAUCUGUAG